AUGUAUUCGAAAUUCUGGCCAAAAGGAGGCCUGCAGGGCAUCCUGCACCACUACACAGAAACCCUCGUCACAUUCGAAUACACCACAGGCACCAUCCGCAAACCAAAUAGUGUCCUCUUUGUUGGAGGUCUGGGCGAUGGACUCGCCACAACAUCCUACAUGGCCGAUCUCGUGCACGCGCUGCAACCGACCGACUGGUCCAUUUUCACACUAAACCUCACAUCCUCCUACCAGUCCUGGGGGCUGGGCCACCUGGACCGCGACACAAACGAGAUCGCGCGCUGUCUGCAAUACAUCAAGGAAUACAAGACCGAGAAAUUCGGCCAGGGCAAGAUCGUCCUCAUGGGCCACUCCACCGGCAGCCAGUGCGUCGUGCACUACCUCUCCCGGCCGAACCCGCACACCGAAAUCCCUUCCUUUGAUUCUGACAUCGAGCACAUCGUACGCCCGCCGCUGGACGGGGCAAUCAUGCAGGCGCCCGUGUCUGACCGCGAAGCCAUCCUCUGGGUCCUCAGCGAGGGGAUCGGCGGUAAGACCGGCGCCGAGGUGCGGGAGAUCUACGAGAAGGUCGAGGCUAUGGCCAAGCAAGCCGUGCGCGACGACAAAACCGGGUCCGACGUGCUGCUGCCAUUGUCCAUGACUGGGCAGGUCGGCUAUCCGGGCAACACUCCGCUGAGCUGUCGGCGGUUCCUGAGUCUGACCAGUCCCGACAGCCCGCAGGCACCGGCUGAGGAUGACCUGUUCAGUUCGGAUCUGAGUGACGAGCACCUCAAGACGACUUUUGGGAUGAUCCAUCCCCGGGGUCUGCUGCGGGGGAAGCUGAUGGUGCUGGAAUCCGGUGCAGACCAGUCGGUACCGAGUUGGGUGAAUAAGAAGGAGUUGCUGGAGAGGUGGAGAAAUGCUGCAAAUCACAAUGGAAAGGUUGAUCUAUGGGAUCAGGAACACAGCGCCAUUAUCCCCAAUGCUUCCCAUGCUCUGAGCAAUGAUGAUCAGGCUGAGCCACGGAAGUUCCUGGUAGAGAAGGUGAUGGGCUAUCUGCGGACGUUUGAGAAGGCAUAG